CCGGCAGCACCAGCACCACCGGCGGCCGAGCUCGGCGCGGGAGGACGGGGCAGAGCGCAGGGUGGCAGCGGCGGGGAGCGGAGCCGGUGCCCAUGUGCCCGCGGUCCCGGCGCGGCGAUGAGGCAGCGAUGAUGCCAACCACCGCCGAGGGCAGCCGCCGGCCCUGGAAGCCGGACCCGGGGCAGGCGCAGGGCGGUCGGGCCCCGCCGUGGCCGUCGGUGCCGCUGACCCUGACGGUGCUGGCCUGGCUGGGCACCGGCACCACCAUGGCCGGCCUCAACAAAUGGAUCUUCUCGGCGCACGGGUUCCGGUACCCGCUGCUGCUGUCGGCUCUGCACAUGCUGUCGGGGGCGGCCGUGGGGCAGGCGCUGGGCUGGGCGCGGGGGCUGGCGCCACCGGCCCCGCGGCACCGCGCCAGGAUCUACCUGCUCAGCAUCACCUUCUGCACCAGCGUGGCCAUGGGCAACCUGGGCCUGAGCUCCGUGCCGCUGGACGUGGCGCAGGCGGUGGCUGUCACCACGCCGCUGGUGACGCUGCUGCUGUCGCGGGUGCUGGGGCGCCGGCGGCACCACCCGCUGCAGUACGUGGCCAUGGGGCCCGUGUGCGCCGGGGCCGCCUGCGCCAUCGCCAGCGGCCACCAGCCCGGCUGCGGCUUCCUGCUGGCUGCUGCCGUGCUCCGCGCCCUCAAGUCCAUCCAGCAGAGUGUCCUGCUGCAGGAGGACCGGCUGGAUGCACUCUCCCUGCUCUGCCUGACGUCCCUGCCCAGCUUCUGCCUGCUCCUGGGGGCUGCGGUGGUGCUGGAAGUGGGGCCCUCCUGGGACGGGGUCCUGCACUACGACAGCACCCUGUGGGGCUGGGUGCUGCUCAGCUGCCUGGGCUCCGUGCUCUACAACCUGGCCACGUCGCGCGUCCUGGCCCUCACCUCCGCGCUCACCGUGCACGUGCUGGGCAGCGUCACCGUGGUGGGGAACCUGCUGCUGUCGCGCCUCGUGUUCGGCACCCGCCUGAGCGGGCUCAGCUACGCGGGCACCGCGCUGGCGCUGGCCGGGCUGCUCCUGCUCCACCAGCCCCGGCUCCUCGCGGGGCGCUGGGCCCGGGCACCGCAGCCAUGAGGAGGGACAGCGCGGAGCCGGGCUCGGGAGCCAUGGUGGUGACGG